CUUUUAAUAAAUUAAAUGAGUAAUUGCAAUAAUAUCUGUUGGAAUCCAGAUGAUGUAUACUUAGCUUUAAUCGGAGGACUUUUGAUAGGAGUGGCAACAAGCAUCCACUACAUGUUGAUGGGUAGAGUAACAGGAUUCAGUGGAAUAUACUAUAGUUUGAUCACUUUCGAUAAAGGAAGCUGGAAUUGGAAAUUAAGUCUUAUGAGUUCUGUUAUGUUGGCCUCCUGUAUAAUGUUCAAAAUUUAUGACAAUGGGUAUAAAUAUUUAAACUAAUUUAGAUAAUCAUCUAUUUUGAAAGGUGCAUCCCCCUCAUAUAACUCAGAAUAAUUGUUGACAGGAAUUGGCUGGGGAGGAAGUGUCUUAAGUGGGUUUUUAGUAGGUUUUGGAACAAAGAUGGGGAAUGGUUGUACAAGUGGACAUGGAGUAUGUGGAUUGCCUAGAUUGUCCAUAAGAUCAUUUGUAGCCGUAGGCACAUUCAUGGGUAUGGGAUUCAUAACCGCUACUUUCAGGUAUUGGGGUAAGAAUACAUCCUGACUUUUCCUUUAGUGAUUAACAAGGAUUUCUAUGGUCCUUCUCACAACAUCUUUUCUGCUAAUGACUAUUCCAUUAUAUCCACUGUAUUUUUAUGCGCAAGUGUAGCACUCAUAGUGAUAUGCUUUGUGCUAUAAAAUAUAUAAGAUAAAUCAAAGAUUAUUGAUGUUGCUGUGGCUUCUCUAACUGGAUUCAUUUUUGGACUUGGAUUGGUUAUCUCAGGAAUGGUUCAGAGAUUGAAAAUUAUUAGCUUCUUAACCAUUAGUGAUAUUUGGGAUCGUAAUUUAUUAUUGUAUCUUUAGCAAGUCUUGCUUUUGUAAUGAUUACAGCUGUGGGGGUCAAUUUCAUCACUUUUAGAAUUUUGGACAAACCAGUAUUCAACACCAAAUUCGAAAUUCCAACAAAUAAGACAGUUGAUUUGAAGCUAAUACUUGGAGCUGCUUUAUUUGGAAUGGGAUGGGGCAUAGGAGGGUUAUGUCCUGGCCCUGCAGUUGCCUUAUAUCCUGAGUUCACAAUCUAAAUUGGAAUAAUAUUUAUGAUAUUUUUAGGAGUUGGAUAAAUAACUGCAAAUUUUGUUGUUGAAAAGAUCAAAGAUGUAGAAAUAAUGUCGAAACCAUUGUUAUGAUUAUUAAUAUAUAUAAAUUCAUUUAUUA